AGAAUUGAGCGCAGGAAAAUCAUGUGGUUUACGCUAGUUAUUGAGAAAGAUAUUGGAAGCUACGUUCUGUUAAGCUAUGCUAUCUUCUAGGCCAUAUAUAUGCAGCGGAUAUUCAAUCCUUUAUGAAUAAUAUCUUUCCGCGGUAUCUCUCUUGUUUGUUUUCAAAGAUAAGUUCUAAACGUUUGGAAAAAGCGAUAUUCACAAAUCUUUCAUAUAACAAGUCUACUAAUUUGAAACUGAAUAUGAACAGUAGUGGUCUUGCACCUGCACUAGGCACAUUCGGAAGUGAUCAAAAUGCUACUGACUAUACUGAUCAUGUCAGUUUUAAGAGAUUAAAUAUGUUUCAAUCCGAUUUCGACAAGUACGAUUGGCUGAUGCAUCUUUAUGAUACUAAUAAAACAAUGUUUUUCCGAUUGGUCGCUAAACACGUGGAUGUUAUUAUGCCUCUGAUAUACACUCCAACAGUUGGUCUAGCGUGCGAAAAUCUUGGUUUGGUGUACAACAGUGGCAGAGGUCUAUUCAUCACUAUCAAAGAUAAAGGAAAUAUUGUUUCAGUUUUGAAGAAUUGGCCACACAAAGAUAUACGAGCAAUAUGUGUUACUGAUGGUGAACGUAUUCUCGGUUUAGGUGAUCAAGGUGCUUUUGGUAUGGGUAUACCAGUUGGUAAAUUAGCAUUGUAUACAGCACUAGCUGGUAUACCUCCACAUUAUUUACUUCCAAUCUGUUUAGAUGUUGGAACAAAUAAUGAAAAACAUUUAAAUGAUGCAACAUAUUUUGGUUUGAAACAAAAACGUGUUACAGGUGAUGAAUAUGAUGAGUUUAUUGAUGAGUUUAUGAAAGCAUGUAUUAAUGUAUUUGGUCAACAUGUUCUAAUACAAUUUGAAGAUUUUGCUAAUCAGAAUGCAUUUCGUUUAUUACAAAAAUAUUCUGCGCACUAUUGUACAUUCAAUGAUGAUAUACAAGGUACAGCAUCUGUUGUCUUAGCUGCAUUGUUAGCAUCAUUAAAAUUAACUGGUCGAAAAUUAAUCAAUGAGAAAUUGGUGUGUUAUGGUGCAGGUGAAGCAAAUCUUGGUUUUGUACAACUUGUUUGUUUAGCAUUAAUAAAACAAUAUGGUUUGUCAAUGGAACAAGCCCGUGAAAAUAUUUAUCUUAUUGAUAGUAAAGGUUUAAUAGUCGCAAAUCGUAAAGCUGGCGGUUUAACUAAGCAUAAGCUACAAUUUGCUCGUCCUAUUGGUACACCAGAAUUAACAUGUUUAACAGAGAUUAUUAAAUAUGCCAAGUGUACAACAUUAAUUGGGGCUGCUGCAAUCCCGAAAGUAUUUGAUAAGAAAGUUUUAAAUCUGAUGGCUGAAUUAAAUGAAAUACCAGUGAUCAUGGCGCUGAGUAAUCCAACAACGAAAGCUGAAUGUACAGCUGAAGAAGCUUAUAUACAUACACAUGGUCGAUGUGUAUUCACUAGUGGAAGUCCAUUUGAGCCGAUUACUAUAACACCAGAACAAUGUGAAACAUUGAAAGAACCAAUUAUACGUCAUCCAGGUCAAUCAAAUAAUUCUUAUAUUUUUCCAAGUAUUGCAUUGGCAAUAAUUAGUGGACAGAUUUAUCCUGUGACUGAUGAAGAUUUUUUAAUUGCUGCUGAAACUCUGGCAAAUUUAGUCUCCGAUAAAGAUUAUUCCAUUGGACGUUUAUUCCCUCCACUAACUGAUAUUAAACAUGUCACAGUGAAAAUAGCUAUGGAAAUAGUUAAGAAUGCAGCUAAACAAAAACGGUCCGCCAUAUUCAAUUCAAAUUCAAUAGUGAAUAAUGAUUCAACAAUUAUGGAAUACAUAUCGAAUUAUUCAAAUUAUCCGCCAAUGAAUUGAAUUCAAUCUUCAAUUUUUAUUAUAAAUUGUAUUUUUAUUUAUUAGAAAAUGAACUAAGCAAUCAUUGUUUUUUCAAAUUUUUUUUUAUUGUAUGAUUGUUACAAUUUUUGUUUGUUAUUUGUUUUACUGAAUUAAUCAACUGGGUAGUUAUAAUUAAACGGUAUGAACUUUGGUCAUGUUAGUUUACUAUGAAGAUAAUUUGCAGACUGGUAGUCGAAGUAGUAGAGACAAUGAUGAUAAGAAACUUUUGAAUGAUUCAAAGAGAAUGUAACUCGUGACGAACAAAUAAAUUCAUGGAAUAUAAUAUAUAAAAGUAUUUGGAGA